UUUCUUUGAUUAAAAACAUUUUUGCGGAUUUAUUUUUUUUGUUGGGCAUUUAUUUUUUAUUUACUCCUCAGACUUUUUGUGAUAUUUUUUUACAUUUAACUUCAACUUUAAAAGAAUUUUUGUUUUAUUUUUUUUUAGAUAUUCAAUUGAUCUUAACGUUAUUGGUCAAAAAGGAAAUGUUUAUACAUCAAAUAGUACCAAAGAAAGAGCAAGUAAAUUUUUUUAAAUUUUCAGCGAUUUUUUCAUUAUUAAAAAAAUUUUUUCUAAAGCAUUUUCAAUUGAUGAAAUGAUGGUUUUAAUGCAAAAAGCAAUUGAUUUUACUGGAACAUCAAUGCAAUCUUUUACUUUUCUUUAUCGUUGUAAACCAAGAAUUUAUUGGGAUUAUGUUUAUGAAAUGGGGCAAGUAUUAAAUCCUUAUUUGAAGGAUAGUAAUGGGCAGGCAGCUUGUCCUUUAAAUCAAAAUAUUGAAGGACUUUUCUUUUCUGCUAAAACUAAUCCUGAUGGUUCUUUGCCUAAUUCUUCACCAUUUGGAGAUGUUAGAAUGGUUUUGCCCGCACAUAAUUUACUUGAUCCUCAACGUGUAAAUUUAUAUUUUGCUGAUUUUUAUUGUAAUCGAGUUCCUCAUUAUGUCACUGUUGUUGUUGCAUUUAAAGAUUCUGAAGUUGAUAAAUUUUCUAAGGAUAAACUUCUUCCAUUAGACCCAUUUGACAAUCAGUUCUUGCUUCUUCAACAUACUUCAAAUUCUCAAUCUCCUUUAAAUUUUUUUGUAAACAAAAAAGUUUGGGUUGAAAUAUAUUAUACUGAAACUGUUCCUAUGAGAUGGGGACGGUUUGACAAUAUAAUUCCACAAGGUGUUGGAACUUCUAAAAUUGGAGGACUUCCACAUAACAAAAAUUGUCGUACUUGUAAUUUAUAUCCAGUCGGUGUCCCAGCCCCACCAUUACCUCACAAUUAUGAUUUAUUGAAAAAAGACCAAGCUGAUCAAAUGGUUAAAGAAGCUAUUAAUGCUAAAUUACCCGACGAGGAUGAUGAUGAUAUUGAAUGUUUGGAUGAGGUUUUUCUUUUUUUUCUUUGA